ACUUCCGGCAUUCGCUGCACUUCGCGACCGGGCCUUUUAGGAUAGCUCUGACUCGGUUGUCUAGACUUGCACGCGUGACCAGCGUCUGCCACCGCGGAUGGCAAGGGACCUGAUCGGGCCGGCGCUGCCGCCUGGCUUCAAGAACCGCGGGACAGCGGAGGAAGAGGAGCGGGACCCGAGCCCGGUUGCAGGACCUGCUCUGCCCCCUAAUUAUAAAAGCAGUAGUUCAGAUUCAUCAGAAAGUGAUGAAGACAGCAGUUCUCUAUAUGAAGAAGGAAAUCAAGAAUCUGAAGAAGAUGACACCGGUCCACCUACAAGAAAACAGAAGAGAAAUCAGGAUGAAGAUGAAGGUGAUGAUGGGUUUUUUGGCCCUGCCCUUCCCCCUGGAUUUAAAAAACAAGAUGAAUCUCCUCCAAGGCCUAUAAUAGGUCCUGCAUUGCCCCCUGGUUUCAUGAAAUCUGCACAGAAAAGUGACAGAAGCAGAGAUGAUCCAGGACAAGUAUCAUCGUACUUCAACUCUCAGAAGGAAACAGAUAGCAGUGAAGAUGAAGACAUUGUUGGACCAAUGCCUGCUAAGGGGCCAGUUGACUAUAGUGUAACAACAGAAUUUGAAAAAAGGGCCCAGAGAAUGAAAGAAAAACUAACUAAAGGAGAUGAUGCUUCAUCUAGACCAAUUACAAGAGAAUCAUGGAUGACUGAGCUUCCUCCAGAAAUGAAGGACUUUGGUCUCGGGCCAAGGACCUUUAAAAGAAGAGCUGAUGACAAAUCCGGAGAUCGAUCAGUCUGGACAGAUACUCCUGCUGACAGGGAAAGGAAAGCUAAGUAUGUGUACAUGUGGUAUAUGAAUAUUGUUCUGCUCUUCUUCUUUUUCCAGGAAUCAAAAAGAUCAGAAUCUCUUAUGGACAUUCAUCAUAAAAAGUUAAAGAGUAAGGCCACCGAAGAUAAAAAUAAGCCCCAAGAGAGAAUACCAUUUGACCGUGAUAAGGAUCUCAAGGUUAAUCGAUUUGAUGAUGCUCAGAAAAAAGCCCUAAUAAAAAAAUCUAGAGAACUGAACACCAGAUUUUCACAUGGCAAAGGCAAUAUGUUUUUAUAAGUAAGUAUAUGUCUGGAGGGUAUAUUUUCAUACUCAUCAACUUGAACCUUUCUGAAUAUACUUGUCUAUAAUAAUUAUGUACUGAAAAUAUUUGCUUUUAUAAUAAAGUAAAUUAUAAGUCUACAUUUUUUGAAAUUAAGUAAAUGGAAUUGUUGAAAAAUCAGUCUUAUGUGGUUGCUAUUAAAAAUGUUAAAAUAAAAGUUGCAUGUAUGAGAGAUAGCAAAGUAGUGUGGUUUGAAGAUUAAAUAUGCAUGCUUUAUUAAAGAAUGAAGGAAGGGGCCAGGAAUAUAGUUCAGC